AUGUCUCUCUUCCCACGCGGCUUCACCCAGGAGUUCUCUCCGCUCUUCCGUAUCUUCGACGAGUAUGACCGCGCAAUGCAGACUGCACGCACGCAGUCAUCCUUGCCUAGCUUCACACCCAAGUUCAAUGUUUCCGAGACCAAGGAAGCUUAUCAGCUCCACGGAGAACUUCCUGGCAUUGCCCAGAAGGACAUCAACAUCGAAUGGGCCGACAGCAACACUAUCUCCAUCUCCGGCCGCACCGAAUCUAUUCGUGAAGAAGGUACACGUCCAAAUGCUGCUGGACUGAUCGAGCAAUCUGGAGACGCCAACAAAGAAAACGACUCUGGAUACCAUAAGCCGACUGUCGAAGAAGACCCCACAGAACAGUCCUCAACGCCGAAAACUGAAAUCACUGGCCAGAUCACCAGGACCAACACCAACACCCAGGUCACACCCAAAACUGACACCCCCAAGUUUUGGGUCUCAGAACGCUCCGUCGGCGAAUUUCACCGCAGUUUCUCAUUUCCUGCGAGAGUUGACCAGGACGCUGUCAAGGCCAGUCUGAAGGAUGGUAUCCUCAGUGUCGUCGUUCCCAAAGCAGGAAAACCGAUGUCCAAGAAGAUCAACAUCGAGUAG